AUGCCAAUAGAGAUAAAUGAUGAUAAGGUGGAGAGAAUAGUGGCAUCCCAAUAUUUGGCACCUGGCCUCCAAGGCCUGGCGAAAGUGCACAAUGUGGUCUUGGAGAAUGUAGAAAAGGUCAGAGAAAAGGUGAGGAAGAGGAAGGCUCAGCAGGGGCAGGACGACAGAUUAGAAGUCGGAGACAAAGUUCUGCGCAAAAACAUUCGAGAGGAGCAGCGAAAAGGAGGAAAAAUGGGCAGUGCCAUGCUGGGUCCUUUUACCGUUAUUAACAUUGAGGGUAAAGGUGUGGACCUAGUUUCAGACAAAGGAAAGGCCAUUCUGAGGGUAAAUGUGGACCACCUUAGCCGUUACAUUGAGCCAGAGGCCAGGUUGCCACACAAAUGGCCUAAAAUGGCUACCAUCGCAAUUCCUGCCCAGUGCCCUCCUACAUGCACAUUUCUGUGUCCCCAGUCCCCGCCUGCAAACCCACUCCAGUCCAUGCCUGCAAACCCACUCCAGUCCCCACCUGAAAACCCGCUCCAGUCCCCGCCUACAAACCCACUCCAGUCCCCACCUGCAAACCCACUCCAGUCCUCGCCUACAAACCCGCUCCAGUCCUCGCCUGCAAAGCAACUCCAGUCCCCGCCUGCAAACCCGCUCCAGUACCCGCCUGCAAACCCGCUCCAGUCCCCGCCUGCAAACCCGCUCCAGUCCCCGCCUGCAAACCCGCUCCAGUCCCCGCCUGCAAACCCGCUCCAGCCCCUGCCUGCAAACCCGCUCCAGUCCCCGCCUGCAAACCCGCUCCAGUCCCCGCCUGCAAACCCGCUCCAGCCCCUGCCUGCAAACCCGCUCCAGUCCCCGCCUGCAAACCCGCUCCAGUCCCCGCCUGCAAACCCGCUCCAGUCCCCGCCUGCAAAGCAACUCCAGUCCCCGCCUGCAAAGCAACUCCAGUCCCCGCCUGCAAACCCGCUCCAGUCCCCGCCUGCAAACCCGCUCCAGUCCCCGCCUGCAAACCCGCUCCAGCCCCUGCCAGCAAACCCGCUCCAGUCCCCGCCUGCAAAGCAACUCCAGUCCCCGCCUGCAAACCCGCUCCAGUACCCGCCUGGAAACCCGCUCCAGUACCCGCCUGCAAACCCGCUCCAGUACCCGCCUGCAAACCCGCUCCAGUCCCUGCCUGCAAACCCGCUCCAGCCCCUGCCUGCAAACCCGCUCCAGUACCCGCCUGCAAACCCGCUCCAGCCCCUGCCUGCAGACCCGCUCCAGCCCCUGCCUGCAAACCCGCUCCAGUCCCCGCCUGCAAACCCGCUCCAGUCCCCGCCUGCAAAGCAACUCCAGUCCCCGCCUGCAAACCCGCUCCAGUACCCGCCUGGAAACCCGCUCCAGUACCCGCCUGCAAACCCGCUCCAGUACCCGCCUGCAAACCCGCUCCAGUCCCCGCCUGCAAAGCAACUCCAGUCCCCGCCUGCAAACCCGCUCCAGCCCCUGCCUGCAGACCCGCUCCAGCCCCUGCCUGCAGACCCGCUCCAGCCCUGCCUGCAGACCCGCUCCAGCCCCUGCCUGCAGACCCGCUCCAGCCCCUGCCUGCAGACCCGCUCCAGUCCCCGCCUGCAACCCGCUCCAGCCCCCGCCUGUAAACCCGCUCCAGCCCCCGCCUGCAAACCCGCUCCAGUCCCCGCCUGCAAACCCGCUCCAGCCCCCGCCUGCAAACCCGCUCCAGCCCCCGCCUGCAAACCCGCUCCAGCCCCUGCCUGCAGACCCGCUCCAGCCCCUGCCUGCAGACCCGCUCCAGCCCCUGCCCCUCCAGACCACUCUUAUAAGAGAACAGAAAGUAGCUCUGCAGAUGGAGAUAAGGGGCCUCAGCUGGCCACCCAGAGUGGUCGGGAGCUAUGGAACUGGUACAGCGCUCUUGUAGUCAGACCCUCAGCUACUCUCCUCGGCGACUGCUGA